AUGACUGAUACAAGGGUCGUUGCAAAGAUCCUUCAGUCGUUGGAUUCCAAAUUCAACUACAUUGUUGUAGCCAUUGAAGAGUCAAAGGAUUUGGAUUCCAUGACUGUUGAUCAACUCAUGGGUUCGUUGCAAACUUAUGAAGAAAAGGUGGUGAAGAAACAAGAAGCUUUGGAGCAAGUGCUACAAACAAAGUUUUCGUUGAAUGAAAGAGACGAAAAACAUGGAAGAAAUCAAAGGGGCCGAGGACAUGGAAAUGCACGUGGCCGAGGAAGAGGAAGAGGCCAUGGAAGAGGAAAAAAAAGCGGUCAACACACAACCAACAGUGAAGAAAAAAUCCAUGACUCACAACAAAUAAGAGGUCGUGGUAGAGGAAAUUACUCAAGGUCAUAUGGAAGGAGGUAUGAUAAGUCUCAAAUUCAAUGUUAUAAUUGUCAAAAGUAUGGUCAAUAUGCUUCGGAAUGUAGAAAUGUUGCUAACGAUGUUGAAGAAAAGGCUAAUUAUGUUGAUGAAGAAGUGGAGCCUACUUUGUUGUUGGCAUACAAAGGUGAAAUGAGUGAUCAAGAAGAUGUGUGGUAUUUUGACACCGGUGCUAGCAACCAUAUGUGUGGUAGCAAAGAGAAGUUCGUUGAUAUUGAUGAAUCAAUAAAUGGCAAGGUGACAUUUGGAGACUUAUCACAAAUUCCGGUAAGAGGGAAAGGUAAAAUAUUGAUUCGUUUGAGGAAUGGGCAUCAUCAAUUUAUCUCUAAUGUUUAUUAUGUGCCUAAUAUGAAGAACAAUAUUUUGAGUUUGGGACAACUUUUAGAAAAAGGCUACAAUAUUUCCAUGAAGGAUUGUAGUCUUUCGAUAAGAGACCCAUUAGGUAAUUUGAUUGCCAAGGUUCCAAUGACAAAGAACCAGAUGUUUUUGCUAAAUAUUCAAGCCGACGAGGCUAAAUGUUUGAAGGCUUGUGUGAAUGAUUUAACUUGGCUUUGA